AAACCCCCGUGCGCAUCGCUGAGCAUUAGCCACAGUAGUUUAUAGGUGCACCGAGGACCGUGUGAAUGAAGCUAAACAAUAUCACAGGACAGGAGUAAUUGUUAUGGGGGAUCUGAUUUCUGUGCGGAGCUUUUCUAUUUGAAGUUGGCAAUCUACAGACAUUUUAAAAGUCAAUGAAGGAUACAGGAUCCAGUCAAAAGCUUUCACCGAAAUCCGGGAUGGAUCCGAACCAGAGCGUAAAGUGUAAAAUUGUCGUCGUUGGCGACAGUCAGUGUGGAAAAACUGCUCUACUUCACGUCUUUGCGAAAGAUUGCUUUCCAGAGAAUUAUGGCCCAACGGUGUUUGAGAACUACACAGCCAGUUUCGAAAUCGACACGCAAAGAAUAGAACUCAGUCUCUGGGACACUUCAGGUUCACCGUACUAUGACAACGUGCGACCUCUCUCCUACCCGGACUCUGAUGCAGUCCUCAUCUGCUUUGACAUCAGCAGACCAGAGACCCUGGACAGCGUACUGAAGAAGUGGAGAGGAGAGAUCCAGGAGUUCUGUCCCAACACCAAGAUCCUGCUGGUGGGAUGCAAGUCAGAUCUCCGCACAGACCUCACCACACUGGUGGAACUGUCCAAUCACAGACAGACACCCGUGUCAUACGAUCAGGGCUCUAACAUGGCCAAGCAGAUCAGUGCUCCCUACAUUGAGUGUUCGUCCCUGCAGUCUGAGAACAGCGUCAGAGACCUCUUCCAUGUGGCAACGCUGGCCUGCGUCAACAAGGGUAACAAGAACGUCAAACGCAACAAGUCCUCCAGGAGCACCAAGAGGAUCUCGCACAUGCCCAGUAGGCCCGAACUCACCGCUGUCACGACAGACCUGCGCAAAGACAAGGCCAAGAGCUGUACAGUCAUGUGAUCGCCCUAGACUAGGGAGACUGACUGUGGACUGUGGGAGGAGCAGGCAGGUGAUGAGGACUGUGCAUAGAGGCCCCCCCCCCCAGUUUUGGAUCUCCCAAACCGUACCAACCUACAUCUAGCUGCCCUGCUUUGGUGUAUUUUUAAAGGUCAACAAACUAAACCACAAGAAAGAGGUGCUGACUUCUUCUCAACAUUUCUUCACCAGCGGAAAUGACAUGCGGUUUUUUUUGGUCUGGGAUCUGGACAGGAAAUGAGCUAACGGUGUCAGGUCUUUACUUUUGUCCUCAAAGAAAAUGUGAAAAGAGAAAUGUGUACGGUGGUGCAUUCACCACUGAGUGAGAAGAUUGUUGUUCAGAUGCGAGAGACCGCUGCUGUGUACUGCUACAGUAAAAUGGUUUACGAAGAGAAAUGGAUCUCUUGCACUGGCCCCCGGGUCUCGCACUUACAGACAGCAGUUAAAAAGGACAGAAAAACACUGGUUAAGAUUGCCCAUGUUUGAGUUUCUUCCACCUCUUUUCUCUUUUGUUACUGCCUUGAUGAGUUUGCCAAAUGGAAAUGGGACGUUUGUAUGUUUUUUUUGUUAUAAGCAGUUGCACACUGUUACGACAGAUAUGAAAGCCUUUUUAAUGUGUUCUACUACUUUGCAUAUUUUCUAGCGCUGUUUUCGAUCCUCCUCAUCGCCGGCCUUCCUCUUGUUUAGCUGUUUUUAUCAUUCAUUUUACAACCAAAGAAAAGCUUGACAGAGUGGCGAUAUCUUUCACAGAUUAGCAGUUGUUGCCAACGAUUGUUGCGAUUGGCUGCAUAACGAUCAUAGCCAAUGAUUUGAAAGGAUGUGCUACAUUAUCUCUGUUUGAGGACAUAUCCUACACCCUGGCUCCUCAGCUGUGCUGUCUGUAGCCCGACGCCAGUGCCUCCGUAAAAUGUAGGGGUGCCCACCCACGCCAAGCUUUACAUGCAGGAGGGGGUUAACGAUGCCAGUGCUGAGAAGGUCACUGAGCUCAGAAAUCCAUCAUUGCACAGUUCUUUUCAAGGAUGUCCUCAGCUAUGCAAUGCACGGAUUCUGAUGACCAAUGUCUAGUUUUCAAUGUUUGCUGGUUUGAAGGAGUGCUGUUUAUUGAUUUAUGUGUAGCGCUAGUGCAGACUACACAUCACUCACACUGUUUAUCUCUGGUGCAGGUGCACCACAAUCCGUAGCUUACUUUAAUUAAAACGCAUAUCUCAUAGCUAGUAUCAGUGUUUGGCCAUGGGCUGUGACUAGUUCACUGGGUCAGUAGGCAAAGUCGAGUAGCUAAGUAGAGCUAGCCUGCAGGCGCUGUAUCUAUAGCUCCCUCCACCCUCUCCAAGCAGCUGCUGGUAAACUAGUUCUAAAUCUAACCACUGCAGUUUUAUUCUUCUGUUCUGUCAACAGUACUAUGGGGUUUUCCAAUUUCUCAUAACUGGAGAAGUCUGAACUGCUUUGAGAAUUGUGCCACCAAGGCAGUAUUAUCAGCUAACGGGUGUAGCCUACUCUCUGUAUGAAACAUUUUUUAAAUUAAAGGUCAGAAAGUGUUAGCUGUAGAACAUCAACCUCUUUUGAAUGUUUAGUCCAUUUGAACGUCUGUAUGAUUGUUUCCACAGUAUUUAUUGUAGUUAUAUAUUUUCCCUUUGACAAUAAAGUUCAAUGUACAGUUCAAGGUC